AUGUUCGCCAGAAUUUUAGCUUUCGGAGCAAUGGUGGCUGCGGCCAACGCUGGUCUGCUCGGACACGCUGUGUCUUCUCAGAGCAUCGUGCGUCAUGACGAGGGUCACAUUGGCGCUUCUUUGGGCUAUGCCGCACCUUUGGCUCACGCUGCACCAAUUGCAUACGCUCCUGCAUACUACGCUCCUGCUGCGAGCUAUGCUGGCCAUGACGAAUAUGCCCACCCCAGAUACGACUUCGCGUACUCCGUGGCCGACCCCCACACCGGCGACCACAAGUCCCAGCAUGAGAGCCGCGAUGGAGACGCCGUGCACGGAUACUACUCACUAGUGCAACCUGACGGCUCCGUCCGCAAGGUCGAAUACACCGCCGAUGACCACAACGGAUUCAACGCCGUCGUACACAACUCCGCUCCCUCGGUUCACCCCCAGGGCUAUUACUCUCACUACUAAGCGCAAAC